AUGAUUACAAAUUAAGAAUUUAGUUGCAGAAUCCCUCAUCAUAAAGUGAUAAAUUAAAAGAUAGUUUAUGUCGUAAUAUUUGUCUCUCAUUCUUAUUACUCAGCAAAAGUUCAUCAUUUCAGAUAUUCUGAUGCAGAAAAGCUACAUAAUAAAAUUGAAAAGUAAUUAUAACAAUUGAGAUAAUGUGUUAAUUUACCAUCAUUUCCAGGUAAGAAAUUAUUUGGAAGUCAUAAUGAUUCUAAAUCUGGCAUUUUAAGAAGAGUAAUAGAUAAUUAUUUGAUUAUUAGAGAUCUGAUCUAUAAGAAUAUUUUAAUUAGUUACUUAAAAUUGAAAAACUUUAUUCUCUCUCUUGUUUGAAAUAAUUAUUACCUGAUAUAAAUGAUGAGAAAAGUGAUCUUGUUUAAUAUUUAUAAGAUAAGUAAACUAUAUUAGUUAACUAAUAGACCUCUGAUAUAAUAUAGUUUCAUGAUUGAUUCAUAUUAACAAUUAGAAAUGUUUGUAUUGUAUUCUGUAUAGGUUAUAGACAAUCUUAAUAAAACUAAAUGGAGAUUUAAAACUAGAUAUUCAGAUUUAAGAGAUAUUCAUUAAGCUCUUAAAGAAUAAACUAAAAUUAUAUUACCUGAAUUUCCAAAAAGGAAAAUCUUUGGGAUUACUAAUGAUGAUCCUUAAGAAAUAGAGAAUAGAAAGUGUAAUUUAGAAGUUUAUUUGAAUUAACUCUAUGCGUAUUGAAUAAUGUUUAAAUAGAGUAACCCAGAAUUGAAUAAUUCAGAUAUAUUAGAUUACUUCAUAUAGAACAGUAAAAGAGAAUCCAAAAAACUCUAAAAGUAUGAUGAAUAAAAAAUAUUAUUAAAAAUGGUAUGUAGUAUAUUUACUAUUUAUAUAGAAAUUAAUAUAGAAAUUAGAAAAAGAGAAAUAAUAAGAUGAAAAACAAGAAAAAAUAUAGUAAAACAACGAGAAUUCUAAAAAUGAAACAAAUAAAAAUGAUAUAUCUCGAAAGAAUUCAAUGAAAAGAAUACCAAGAAAGGGAUUAUUUAUAAUAAAAGAAAUGUAAGAUAAAUAUGAAGAUGAUAAUACAACACUUAUUAGAUACAGUUCGAUUGCAUCUAAUCCAUUGAAUUAAAUUGAUUAUAUAUAAGAAUAUGAGAAAGUUAAUUUAGAUGUUAAUAAGUAGAAUAUGGAAUAUAUUGAUGAAGAUAAUUUAGUUGAGAAUGGAGAAAGUAAGAGUGAAAUUAAAUUAAAUGAUCAUCAAUAAUGA